AAAUCUCAACGACGGUUGCAAAAGAGAGAUGGCUCGUCCUCGCAAAGUUUUUGCAGAGCAACCACGCCCACCAACCAACAUUGAAAGCAAGUUAGAGAACCUUGCUCGACUGGCCAAAACUGGACGAAGAUCUCGUGCUCAAGCUCCGGAUGAGGCACCUAUCUCCCGCAAUGGCCGACCAAAGAGAUUUUCCGUGGACAGAGAAGACAGCGACGAAGCUGCAGGUGAUAGUUUUCACAAUGGAAAUGAACUACCAGCAGCGACACUUGGGAAGCGAUACAGACAGGAUGACGCUGACUUGCAAUCAAUGGAACCAGCCACUCGCCGUCGCGUUGGUGUGAGGGCAGAAGAGAACUAUUAUGCAUCUGCGAAAUGGUCACAAUUUCCGCAGCAUGAUGCUAUGAUGGCACAAAGAUCUUCUCUAAGCCAUACCAUUACACAGGAUUACAACCCAAAAGACUACAAUAUACCGCCAUACUUUUUCCUCUCAAAGGAUGGAAUGAUAGCUACUUUUACCUGGCAUCCCCCGAAACGUGUGCGUUUUCGUUCUCAAUAUUCUUGGAAAGAACAAGGAAGGAUACUUACGAUCUGCAGCGAUAUCCAGUCAGAAGAAAACACAUACCAAGAAUAUGACUCCGUCAAAGCUCCCCGCCUUCUCUCAUUUCUGAGGUCUCAUUUGCAAAAAUGCAUACGAAGAACAAACGGACAGCUGGCCUAUCGCACUGCAUACCAACUGAUCAAGCCAGAUGCUGCUGAAUUGAUUCGACAGCUACCAAUGAUCGUGUUGGAGGACGCGAUCCCAAAUCCCCAGUAUCCUGGUCUAAUAUGGCUAGCAUGUGCGACGGAGAAAGGGUUUCGGCCACCGAUAUCGAUCAUAGAGUGGCUGCUGGGAUAUGUUAGGGCUGUUGCUGACAGCCCAUUUCGAGAAACCUUUGAGGCGUCUGCCUCGUCCGACCCGCUGCAACUGGUGUCCAGAUCGGUUGCUGAGCUGCCGACAUCGAAGCGCGACCUGCUCUAUGCCCUUCAACUGACAAAAAGCCUACAGACAUCGGCAGGGAAUAGAUUUUUGAUUGACAAAACCACGCGAGCUUGGUUUGAGCGCAUGCGGUCAGACAGUAAUGACAACCAUUAUUCUAAAACUCUGUAUCAAGUCCAUCAUGUGCCAAUCGAUGGGGUGCCGAAUCUUCAGCCAGAUGAGCUGGAACUCUCAGCUGUGGAUCCAUGCUGCUCCGAUAUAUUGGACAUUUUGCGUCAAGAACUGGAUGAAGAAGAUCAGCAGCGAUGGCCGGACGAUGUAGUUCUUAAACAUAUGCUCAACGAGAAGAGUUGUGAGCUCCGUACAAAGAUGUUAGUACCAGCAGUCUUUGGAGGGAGCGAAUCAAAGAGUGCGGAAAAGCCACCUGGUGUAAAUAGGAUGGAGGUGGAUUUGUUAUGGAGAAAGUACAAAGAGAAGAUUAGCCAGGCACAAAGGAGAAUAUUAAGGGGCGCCAUCAGUAAGUGAUAUUGCUGACAGUAAUCACUAUAUAGCUUGUCAUCGCAAACAUAAUGCAGUAUCUUUGGCUCCCUUGUCGUGUAAUACCAG